UAGUCUCCCUGCAGCUGACUAGCAGCAGCAAGUGGGCUCCCCAUUCCCAGCAGUGGAAAUGGCGGGAAGCAAGGACUCGUUUCCCGCGCUGCCUUUCUCCCGCCAGGCCUCCUUUCUUGGCGCCCUGCUGCUAGUGCUAGUCUCCCUGGUUGACACUAAUUAGUAGGGCUCCGCUCCGAUCCCAUCCGGCCAUCCCACCAACACCAAGUAGAGCAAGCAAGGCACGCACCACAAGCCAUGAGCCAACCCGACCUCUCCCCGUCGCAGUUCACCUCCUCCCAGUCCCAGAAUGACGCCGCCGCACCGUCCAAGAUGCGGGGCGCAUCCAGCACCAUGCCGCUCACCGUCAAGCAGAUCGACGACGCGCAUCAGUCUGCCACCGGCGACAAGGGCGCCCCCUUCCUCGUCGACGGCGUCGAGACGGCUAAUAUUAGACUUGUGGGGAUGGUCAACGGCAAGGCGGAGAGGACCACCGAUGUGUCAUUCACGCUCGACGACGGCACUGGCCGCCUCGAUUUCAUCAGAUGGGUGAAUGAUGCUUCCGAUUCUUCUGAAACUGCUGCAGUUCGAAAUGGUAUGUACGUCUCUGUCAUCGGUAGCCUCAAGGGACUUCAAGAGCGAAAGCGUGCCACUGCUUUCUCAGUCGGGCCUGUAACUGACUUCAAUGAGGUUACGCUGCAUUUCAUUCAGUGUGUUCGGAUGCAUAUAGAGAACACUAAAUCUAAGGUAUCACUCCCGCACGAAACCAGUUCUUCAGUGGGAGUGUCAGCCUCAAAUGUGUUCAGUGAAUCAAGCACACCAACAUCUUUGGAAUCCAAUCCAGCAACCGUGACCACUGAAGCAAAUGGAAAUGACACUGAUUUGAACACACAGGUGCUGAAUAUUUUCCGUGAACCAGCAAACAUUGAGAGUGAGCAUGGGGUGCACAUCGAUGAGGUAGUCAAGCGGCUCAAACUGCCAGAGGAGAAGAUCAAGGAAGCUAUUGAUUACAAUGUGAAUGUUGGGCAUAUUUACUCAACCAUUGAUGAUUUUCACUUCAAGUCAGCUUUGACCGACUAAAGUUGCAAGCAAAAUCAAGCAUGCUUAUCAGUAUCCUGGCUGGCUGCUUGCAAGGCAGAUUAUCCUAGAGGGGGCGUUGCUGACUAUCAACGGUUUCAGAAACCUGAUUCCACCUUGUUGUACUAAGUUAGGAAAGGAAAGGGUGGUGUUGAAAAAGACUGUUUGAUGGUGUUAACCCUAAGAUAAGAUGAUCCUAUAUGUAUUGUGUGUGGAGAUAUCGUGUUUCUGUGUCCUGGUUAAUUUCUUUGCAUCGUCUGAUGCAGUUGCGACGGUGAAGAUGAGUGGUAAAAUCCUAGACU